UUCCAGCGAUGAGGACAUUUAAUCACCAAACAUCUUCACAUUCUUUCUGUCGCACCUCGCCCGGUUGGAUUACUUAUCGGUUUACGCCAUAUAUUUGCUGAAAACCACGCUUUUAAUGCUCCAGGCUCUUCGGAAAUACUCUCAGUUUUUGGUGUGUGUGUUUCUGCAGACACACCCUCUGAAGUGAAGGAGGAGAAACCGAGCAUUUUCUCACUGUUUUUUCCUGUUAUCUGUUUUUUUACUCCAUAUUGAAGUAUGGCUUUCCAAGGAUACGGAGCAGCCCCCGGAGGCAUGGCGCAGGAUCCAAUCUACGGAUACUUCACAGCUGUAGCUGGACAGGAUGGACAGAUCUCAGCAGACGAGCUGCAGCGCUGCCUCACACAGUCCGGCAUCGCUGGCUCCUACAAACCCUUCUCCCUGGAGACGUGCAGACUGAUGAUCACCAUGCUGGAUAGGGACAUGUCCAACAGUAUGGGCUUUUCUGAGUUCAAGGAGCUGUGGCAGUCGGUGAACGGCUGGAAGAACACGUUCGCCUCAUACGACCGCGACCGCAGCGGGACGGUGGAGGGACACGAGCUGCAGCAGGCCUUCAGCGCCAUGGGUUAUAAUCUGAGCCCUCAGGCGAUGAGCAUCAUCAUGAACCGCUACAGCGGGCAGGGAAGAAUCGGGUUCGACGACUUCAUGAGCUGCUGCAUCAAACUCCGUGCGCUGACCGAUCAGUUCCAGAGGAGAGACACAACCCGAACGGGCAGAGCCGAGUUUCAGUUUGACGAGUUCAUCCAGGUCACCAUGAACAUAUGAAGCGGGGAAACCUCUCAUCAUGUCUCUCUGCAGUUCAUCCAGGUCACCAUGAACAUAUGAAGCGGGGAAACCUCUCAUUAACAGCAUGGACUCUUUUUAUUGUAAUAGUUUUAAUCAUUGUACAAACACGGUUAAAAUGUCACUUUUUCACAUUCAUAACUUACGUAUAUUUUUAUUUUAACUACUAGCAACAAUAAAGUAACCUCAGUCUGAUAACCCUCUGUACCUAUGUGUGUGAACAUGUACGACAUUCAUAAAAACCCUUUCUGGCU